CUUGUUCAAAAAGCGGGUACCAGCAUGUGACGACGACACGCAUCACAGAGACUCACAAAUUACUUGGCUUUUUCUACAACCGUAGAACUUCCUCCGCCUUCUCCUCCUUGAUAGUUCUUGAUCCACAAACAGUAAUAGGGUUUCAAUCUUAUAAGUUUGUGAGAUUUUGGUGAUAAUGAGUUCUGGUGGGUAUGCCGUAGAAGUCACGGGCUUGUCUCCCAAAGCAACAGAGAAAGAUGUCCAUGACUUCUUCGCUUUCUCUGGUUCCAUCGACCAUGUCGAAAUCGUCAGAUCCGGUGAAUGUGCAUGUACUGCCUAUGUGACCUUCAAAGAUUCGUAUUCUCAGGAGACUGCUUGCUUGCUCAGUGGUGCCACAAUUAUUGAUCAAGCUGUUUGCAUAACCCGCUGGGGGCACUAUCAAGAUGAAUUUGAUUUUUGGAACAGGCCCAGGCAUGAAGAGGAAACUGAUUCAUCCCCUCCACAAGGAAGCCAGAAUGUUCCUAGUGCUGGAGAAGUAGUGACUAUGGCUCAGGAAGUAGUCAAGACCAUGUUGUCCAAGGGAUUUGUGCUGGGAAAGGAUGCAUUGGCCAAGGCGAAAUCAAUGGACGAUUCUCACCAAGUUUCGGCGAGUGCAGCAGCUAGGGUGACUGAACUGAGUCAGAGAUUUGGCCUCGCUGAUAAGAUUUGUGCAGGGGUUGGAGCUGUUAAAUCCGUGGAUGAGAGGUAUCAUGUAUCAGAGAUCACCAAAUUGGCCAUGUCGGAGACGGGAAGAAAAGCAGCAGAAGCUGCAACUGCAGUGGCGAAUAGCAGCUACUUUUCUACGGGAGCUCUUUGGGUGUCAGAUGCUCUAAGCCGAGCAGCUAAAGUUGCUGCUGAUUUGGGCACUCAGAAUGUUAGGCAGUGAGGUGUUUGAUAGAGUCAUAAACUCCUUUGUUUUUGUAAAUAUAACAGAAAAUUGUAGCCAGUUCAUAGUUUGAUACCCUUUUGUGCUGAUAGAUAAUGGUUUUACUCAGCAGAAAAAUAAAAUGUAAUGGGGUAAAAUAUGGUUGUUUGAAUUUUUGUUCA